UGUCAUGUUGUUAUUUGAAUGUCAAACUAAACCAUAUUAUAUUUUGUAAUGACUCUUUUUGAGUAUUUCUGACAAAGGUUUUAUUUGUGUAUCAUGUUGAGCAGUUUGGUUUUUGGAGUUACGUAAUUCUCAAAUGGAACUGCUGCAUGUUCCACUUUCAGUUACGGAACAGCGCAAGUCUCACGUGUGACAUGAUGUCUGUGCUGUGUCUUUCUCCUGGUAUUCUGUUAUUUAAAGAAUGUGUUUAAUGAUUUUCAGAUAGUGUGUGUCGACAUGCUGGUAUCCUGGUAUUUAAAGGUUGUGUUUAAUGAUUUUCAGAGAGUGUGUGUCGACAUGCUGGCUACUCUGGAGACGAUGGGUUAUAUCCCAGGCUGGCCCGGUCCUGCCCAGACCCCGGUAGAGGUGGACCUGGACGUCAUAGAGGAAUAUUUACAGGAACACUCCCUGGACGUCCAACACACACCUCCUACGCCUCCUGCCACGCCCGCUCAGCAAACACACACACACUCACAACAACACCAGGAGACCAGCGUCAUAGAGAACAGCUGGUCUGGUCAGUAUGCCUACCAGUGGCAUUAUGACUAUAGUUCUCCUAAUAAGGAAUAUGAAAAACAGGCUCCGCCCACAGAAUGGCCUCGUCUUCAUGGCAACCACUGGGAGCACAGCACCUAUUCCAGUGAGACAACUCCCUGCAGUGAGUCUGACUCCUCCAGCUCCCUCUGUCUAGACUACCCUCCAUCCUCUCCCUCCGACGCUCUCUCCUGCCCCCCUGCUGAGAGGAGAGGCAGGAAGACCAGCGAAAUACUGCCCCUCACAUCACACUCAGGAAAGAAGAAGGAGCGUCUGUUCCACUUUCUGUUUGAGAUGCUACAGACCCCCUCCAUGCGGAGCUGCAUCUGGUGGGUACAGUCCUGCUCCGGCACCUUCCAGUUCUCCUCCCAGAACAAGGAGCGUCUGGCCCAGCUGUGGGGCCGAAGGAAGGGAAAUCGCAAGACCAUGACAUACCAGAAGAUGGCUCGAGCACUCAGAAACUACAGCAGAACAGGAGAGAUCUGUAAGGUGAAGAGGAAGCUCACGUACCAGUUUAGUGAGGGAACACUGAGGGGGCUGCAGGGAGCAUGUUAGGGAGAGUGAGAAGGAGGAACAUAUGCUAGCACAGUUACCUGGCAGGGCACAAAGAUAAAUACUGAGUAUUUGUAGGAUGAGGAAGUAGAAGAAGAGGAGCAAGAGGAAGAGGAGGAGGAGAAGCAGGAGGAGGAAGAGGAGGAGAAGGAAGAGUAUGAAGAGGGGGAGGAGGAGGAAGAAGAGCAGGAGGAGGAAGAGGAACAACAUCACCCUAACCCCUAACCCUUCUGUCUUCAACAGGUAGACACCAUGUAGACGGGGGUCUUCAAUAUGUAGAAGCUAGGGAAAGGACCUUCAACAUGUAGAAGCUAGGGAAAGGGUCUUCAACGUGUAGAAGCUAGGGAAAGGGCCUUCAACAUGUAGUAGCUAGGGAAAGGGCCUCCAACAUGUAGAAGCUAGGGAAGGGCCUUCAACAUGUAGUAGCUAGGGAAAGGGCCUUCAACAUGUAGACACCAUGUAGAAGCUAGGGAAAGGGCCUCCAACAUGUAGUAGCUAGGGAAAGGGCCUUCAACAUGUAGAAGCUAGGGAAAGGGCCUUCAACAUGUAGAAGCUAGGGAAAGGGCCUUCAACAUGUAGAAGCUAGGGAAAGGGCCUUCAACAUGUAGAAGCUAGGGAAAGGACCUUCAACAUGUAGAAGCUAGAGAAAGGGCCUUCAACAUGUAGAAGCUAGGGAAAGGGCCUUCAACAUGUAGAAGAUAGGGAAAGGGCCUUCAACAUGUAGAAGCUAGGAAAGGGCCUUCAACAUGUAGAAGCUAGGGAAAGGGCCUUCAACAUGUAGAAGCUAGGGAAGGGCCUUCAACAUGUAGAAGAUAGGAAAAGGGCCUUCAACAUGUAGAAGCUAGGGAA